AGUCAACAUUGUUAGGUUCUUUCCGUGUUAUGAAAUACUAGAUACUUUCAUCUAUGAAAUAUCAAGUUAUGUUACAGAAUGAAACUAAAUCUUUUUUUGCCAAAAAAUUAUGUGCGGAUGAUUCUCCACAAAAUGAAGAUACAGCGAAUAUAAAUAAACAUAAUAACGGCUUUUCCAAUGACGAUAACCUUAAUCCACAAGAUAGUGAGUAUAAAGGCUAUAAAAAUAUAAUUUAUGAUGCAUAUGAAAAAGAUGAAUUAUUAGAGAAUGGUAUAUCAUUAAAUGACCAUAAGCAUAAUAAUUAUCAAAGUCAUUUUACAAAUGAAAUGGAUGAAUGUGAAAUGGACAAAAAAAAUAAUGACGCCUUUGAUACCAAUAACGAUUUUGAUUUUAUGCAUACAUCUCAAAUAAAAUGUUUCUUAUGCAAUCAAAAGUUUUCAGAUCCUAGGAUACUAUUUUGUUUACACAGUUUUUGUUUAGAAUGCAUAUUUAGACUUGCAAGAAGUUUAGAUGAUUUACAUAAUUUAACAAAAGGCAAUGAUUUAUACCAUAUAAAUGAUAACAAUCAUAUACUACGAGAAGAUUGUAUAAAUACACAUAAUCAUAUAUCUUCAAAUAUCUCUCCAUUUUUUCAAACCAAAUUAAAGAUCAAUGAUGACCAAACUAAUGCAAUUAAUAUAAAAUGUCCCAUAUGUCAUAAUAUAACCAAGAUAUUAAUUGAAGAAGAAGAAAUAGUCAAAAAUUUGGACAAAAUGUUGCCGAAAGACUUAAUUAUAAAUGAUAUCCUUACUCUAAAUGAUUUACAAAAAAAAUCUCAUACUAUAUCUAAAGAAAAUAUGAUUGAAGAGAAGAGCAAUGAACAACAUUCGAUAUAUUGCACUAGCUGCAAAAUAGUUUUGAGUCUGAUGCUUCAUGGGGACCAGGACAAGGUGGCUGUUGGUCGUUGCGUAGACUGUGGGGCCUAUCUAUGCCCAGCAUGUGUGCGCGCUCACCAGUAUAUGCGAUGUUUUGAAAAUCACAGAGUCAUGAUGUUUGCAGAAAUUCGUGCAGCCCUCAAUCGCCUUACUGGCACAACAGUUUCAACUCCUAAAAGUGAUGGUGAAGAAAAUCCAAAUCAUUUUGAUGAUGUAUUGGAAGCACCAACUAUAAAAGAAAGUGAAUCACAAGCCUCGUCCACUUCGUCCUCUUUAGUUUUGCGUGAUGAAGAAGCUAAUGGUAAGUCUCUCAAAUCCUUUGCUAGCGAGAGCGAUCAUGGUGAUAGUGGUGACGCAGAGUCGGCUCCUAAGAUUAAUGGUAUAGCGAAAAAAUUGGACCAUAAAAAUUGCCAUAGUGAUAAAGACGUUGUUGCAUUGGUUAAUAGCCUCAAAUGUGUGGUGCAUUGUAAUGAACACCCAGGUGAAAGAGUGAAAUACUAUUGCGAUUCAUGUCAGUUCCUUAUAUGUCUGCAAUGCCUUGAAAUACAUCAACCUCCUCAGCAUAUCUGUCUUUUGUUAGAUUCAAAUUUAGAGGACAAGCAUAAGAAAGAUCUUUUACAAGACAUUGAUACAGCAACUGAAAAAAUGCGUUUGCUAGAGGGAAAGGUGUGCCAGUAUGAGAACAAGCUCUUUACACUGGACAGUCAGCAGGAGACGGCCAAACGGGGGCUAGAGGAAGCUCGAGAGUCAUGUAAGGAUUUAGUGGAUCAAUAUUUUAGUGCCGCCCUUGAAGAACUGGCGCACAUGCAUACCUCAUAUGAGCUCAAGGUUAUGGAAGCAUUCCACGAUGUAAAAAAACUGUUGGAAAAUUACGAGGAUAGCACUGAAUUUACUAAGAAAAUGCUGCGGCGUUGCAAUUUACCUGAGAUGCUCUCUCUCAAACCUUUUGUUAAACAUCGGUUAUUUAUUCUUUCUGCCAAUUCUGGACUUCCAUUAGCUGUUGUUGAACCAGGAAUAGACAGACCCAAUAAUAAAUAUGCAGCGGCCACGGAUCUAGACCUCACCUUUCACCUGGAUACGCCAGCCAAGCUGGAAACAUUUUUGAAAGAACAAUUUUUGGAACCUUUUGUCACCCAGAGGGAUCCAGGGGUCGAGAGGGAAACUAAAUCAGGAGACGAGAGCUCCUGCUCCAAGUCGUUCACCAAUGGCGACAUUAGUUCACUUGAUAGCUUAGAGCGUGAGGCUAAUAACAAUGACCCUGCGCUUACGUCUCCAUCCUCUCUGUCCGCCAUGACAUCAUCGCUAGCUCUACCCCUCAAUGACAUGAACCCUUCUUCAGCCUUUGCCACCAAUAUAAUGGGAUUGGCUGCAUUAGCCAAACUGGGUAACAUGACUCUUGAUGGCAACAUGAUUCUCAUGCCAGACCUCACUAUGCUCUCCCCAGGGCUCGAAAAUGGCAUGAACACCACUAGUUUUAACAAUGGCAGUCUGACACGCAUCAAUUCUAAUUCUCCAUCUCCUCUUGACAUGGAAACUUCUGGUCCUGGCAUCAACAUGUCGUGCACAUUAGCUGAAUUGCACCUUAACAAACCGUUCCUUGGUCAACCUAUGCUUAAGGAACCGGACGCUAAUGGGUCAUCCAAAACCUCAUCGUUGAAUUUAAACGCCCUCACUGGACGACUGAAUAAUUUGUCCGCUCUCCUCGAACGCAAUAAUACCAGUCUUGGGCCGAGUGGGAACGAAUACCUCACGGCCAAUUUGUCUCGUCUUCUGACCAUGUCUUCCAACCCACCACCCCCGCCUCAACUUCACCACUCCCUACCUUCCAACAACAUGCCCAUGCAUUACAACCUAAAUCACGAGGCCCAUUCAAAUUUAAACUCACUGCAUUCCACACCUCCGCUAAACCCUCUUCAACAACUCCAAGCACCACUUAACGGCCUCAAUAAUGUUACAGGUGCGCUAAUUGAUGGUUCUUCUAACUCUCAAAUGUUAGCUGGCAAUCCUUUCCUCAACAUGGGUAUGGGCUUAAGUGCCUACCUUCAGACCCACCCGCCACCCCUUUCUUGUUCUUCCUCAAUCAAUGGAAUAAGUUCCAACCCUAAAAUGAGCGUCAUGAAAGUCAGGGUUAAAUUCGGUUCUUUGGGUCCUGGAAAUUUGCAAUUCAAUUCUCCACAUGGAUUUUGUUUGGGUGUUGACGAAGAGAUUAUCGUGGCCGAUACAAACAACCACAGGAUCCAAGUCUAUACCAAAGCCGGCGCAUUUAAGGGUCAGUUUGGGAUCCCAGGACGGGACGAGGGGCAACUCUGGUAUCCACGCAAAGUAGCCGUCAACAAGAUGAAUGGCAAAUUUGUGGUUUGCGACCGGGGCAAUGAGCGUUCUCGCAUGCAGAUUUUUGAUCGCAACGGAAAUUUUUUGAAGAAAGUGCCUAUUCGUUACAUUGAUAUCGUGGCUGGGUUGGCCAUCACAGAAGUUGGUUCCCCAGGUGGUGCAGGACAUAUUGUAGCAGUAGACAGUGUAACGCCCACCGUUUUUCGCAUUGCCGAAACUGGAGACCUAUUACACUGGUUUGAUUGCAGUGAACAAAUGCGUGAACCCUCAGACGUGGCCGUUCGUGGCGAUGAGUACUAUGUGUGUGACUUCAAGGGGCAUUGUGUUGCCGUGUUUGCAGAAAGUGGACGUUUCCUGCGCCGUAUAGGCCGCGAAUCCCUCACCAACUUUCCUAACGGCAUUGACGUGAGUGAGGGUGGCGAGGUACUCGUCGGCGAUUCGCAUGGAAACCGCUUUCACGUUGCCGUUUUUCGCGGAUCGGAUGGCGCCUUCGUGGCUGAAUUUGAGUGUCCACAUGUCAAGGUUAGUCGAUGUUGUGGCCUUAAAAUCACGUCGGAGGGCCACGUCGUCACACUCGCCAAGAACAACCACUACGUCCUUGUGUUAGACACGCUUUUCGUUCCUCCUUAGUUAACGGGCAAGUAUUACAAAAGAAAUAAUAGUUACGUAUAAAUACCAUUUGUUCAUCAGAUUUAACGGAGCCCACCUACCGCAGAAUUUAAUUCUAAUUGUUUAUACAUUUGUUGAAUUUUAACUUUUUCAUAUUUUCUCUUGAUUAUAUUGUAAAUUAAAUAUAUGAACCCUCAUAAAACCCUCAACCACCAAACAAAUUUUUUAUAUAUUAUCCUCUGCUUUUUUGUUGUUUAAUGCGUUUAUUGUAUUAUUCAUCUUUUACUAAAAAUCCCACGAUUCAUAAUUAACAACAUAUUAUUUAAAGGUAAGAACUGAAUUUUAUAUCUAAUCCAAUAUUUAAAUAUAAAAUUUUUGGGGGUCAUAGUUCUUUUAUUUAUAUUUUACACAUGGUAUUUUAACCCUGUAUGAUUUAAAAAAAUAUUUAAAUUUAACAUUCAUAAUAAUAUUUUAUAGGUAAAGAUAUUUUUUUUGCAAAUUUUAUAUUUUUUAUGUUUUUUUACAGUUUUUAGAAUCUUUACAUUUUAAAAAAAAUAUAUUUUAUUAUAAAUUUCUUUAAUUUAUACACAAAAGAACUUUUUUGAUAUCCAAUUUUAUCAAUGAUUAUAAUUACUAGCUGUGGGUUCGUCACUGAGAAAUGUUUGGUCUGCUUGUGAUGUGCAUUGCAGAAUUAUUAUAGUUCGGUAAGAAUGAUUUAUUAGUUUCUUGCAUUUUUAUAGAAUCAGUUGUCUAUUGAUUGAUUCUAUUCAUUAGUAUCAUUUUAUCUUUUUUAUAUAUAAACAUAAUGUUGCCUUAUAUUUCAGCUAAUAUGUUUAUAUUUUUUUCAAACAAUUUUUCCCCUAAUUUCAUUCACCAUUAUUAUACUACCUUCGCUUGUAUUAGUUAUUUAUCCUUGCUUAGUCGUAAAUAAUAUUGAAGCAGCGCGUUAAUUUGUCCGAGAUCAAGUGUUCUCUUAUUUUAAAAUUCCAUGGUGCUGCAUAUAUAAUCCUAUUUUAUAAAAAUUAUUAUAUGCGCGUUUAAAUUAUUAAAACUUUGAAGUGUACACUUUAAUUUAAAAAAAGUUAAAUCUGCCCUUUAUAGAUGCUAAAUAUUUAUAAGAUGGCCAUAUUCUUUUUUAAAACUUUUACACGCUGCUUGCAUCUAUUUACAUACACAAAUUUAUUUUAUAUAAAACUUUUACACUUUUUCUUCCAAAAUGCACCCCUCUUUUAUCUUUUAUUAUAGUCUUUCCUUCAAUUCCGGUUAUAUAUAUAUCUCCCAUAAUUUUUUUUACCACUCGCGACUAAACAUAUGGUCAAGAUAUUCUUAAAAUCGUGCAUUUAUAAUAUAUAACAAACUGGGUUUAUUUUUUGUUACUAAAAUUAAUAGUAUCCAUCCUUUUACUAUUUGUUACCAAUGUAACUUUUCUUUUAGCCUGUUUAAUUUUUUUUUAAAUUUUCCUUUAUACAUACCUUUUUUUGUUUAAAAAAAAUAAUAUUAAUAUACUCUCCCAGUAUUACAUUAAAAAAAGAAAUAGAAAUAUAUUUUUCCCCCAUAUAUAUUUUUUUAUUCAACCCCUUUUUUAGAAGACAAUGUCAAAAAAUUAAUAUUUAAAAAAAAGAGAUUCAUUUUAAUAGACAUGAUUGAUGAUAUAGAUAAUUACAUAUUAUAUUAUUAAGCAUUUUUUUUGUCUCAAAACAAAACGCAGGUGAAAUUAUUUUUUCUUUUUGAGGGGGGGGGGGUGCACAUCUUUUUUUUGAUCGAUGAAAUUGUAUAUAAUUGGGAUUUUAAGAUAAAAUUUACUUUAUCAUUGUUAUCCGAGAGCUUUUUUUUAUACUCUCCCUUCCCCCGUUUUAAAUGAAAAAUAUAUAUAAAACACAAUUGCAAUAUUAUUUACCUUUUUUCCAAUAUUUUUUAUACUAAUAAAUAUACAAAAAAUAUAUAUACAUAUAUACAACACAAAAUUGAUUUGUUUUAUGUUUUAUUUUUUUUAAAUUUCGAAAAAAUUUUAUAUUAAAUAUUUUUAUGUACACAAAACGCCGCAAAAAAGCGCCUUUUUUGUUUUUUGAAAAAGGAGAAAGAAAGAAAAUAAAUUUAUAUUUUAAUUUUGAAAAAAAAAACAACGAAAAGAAUAUGUAUGUAUUAUAAUAAAUAAUAAAACGAAAAUUUUUUUUUAAAUAUCUUUAUCACACAAGAGCGAAUACGAAAUAAUCACUCAAAAGUUUUUAUAACCACUUUUUUUACACUUUACUCGUCAGCCAAUGAUAUAAACGUUAUUUAUUUUUUCACCCUCAUUUUUACCUUUAUUUUUUUUGGUUAACGCUUUUAUGCACAUUCAUUAACACAAUUUACCAAACAACUCAUCUAUUUUUUUAGUUAAAUUAAUCGGGAAAUCGAUUGAGCAAUCCAAUAUUUUACGUAGCAAAUUAUUGUUCGUUGCUUUUUCUUGUUUAUUGGAUUAUGAAAUUUAUAAACGGAGAAAGAUUAAAUUAUCCGGUUUAACACCCAUUUAUUUAAAGCUUAAUAUUCAUUUACACGAAGUCAAAAUUAAUAGUUUUUUUAAAUUUGAGGACCCGAGAUUUACAAAUAUUUUUAUAUUUUCAGCCCUUUUUAUGAUAACAAUCCAAUUUUUUGUUCAUACUAAUAUAUAUUUUUUAAAACGUAAAUCUUAAUUUUCCACUUACAUAUUUGCUAACUUUAAUAAAUUAUUUUUAAAAAUAAUUCCUUCAAAAUUUAUAAUAUUGUUAUAUAUUUCAAAAUU